GCCAUACAGAGGCAUAGUACUAACAAUGUUGCUUAAAGGACCUUCAUAUCUUGCUGUUACCCUUACAAAUAUUUAACCAGAAAUACUAGAGACUACAAGAUACUGAACACAGAAUAAUAUCGAACUGUGUUUUCUCCCACUGCUUGGACACACAUUAUAAUCUGAUGGGGACAUGUCCCCAUAUACUGUUUCUGAAAGCUGAUUAAAGAUUAGGACAGGAAGGGUCAGGUUUAGGAAAACAGGAAAACUGAUUCAAGGAAACAAUACGUCACUUACCUAAUUUUCAGCUAAAAGUAGUUAUUUUCCAGAGCAAGCAUGGAGUCUUUGCUUAAGUCCCAGAUGAAACUCAUACUUUUAUCAGCAUGGCUUUACAGUGUUAUAGAUUCAUGCACAUGUUCUGACAUUUGUAAGUCAUGCCACAUGCUUGCAACAUGCAAAUCCCUGAAUGGAUCCGACGAUGCUUGCUAUUGCAACCAUGGAUAUACUGGUGAUGGAAUUCAUUCAUGCAAUGAUGAUGAUGAGUGCCAGAAUGUCACAAAUAUCUGUGGGUCCAACACUGACUGUACCAACACAGUGGGGAGCUACUAUUGCACCUGUUUGUCAGGGUACGCAUCAACAGGACUGUACCAAUUCCAACCAAACGAUGGGACCGAGUGCACUGAUAUAGAUGAGUGCAAGAGCACUCAGGUCUGUGGACCAUUCUCUCUCUGCCACAAUACAAAUGGGUCUUUUUUUUGCACCUGCGACAGAGAUUACAUCCUAGUAUCAGGUGCUAAGCGGUUCCAUCCAGAAAAGGGUGGACCUUGUCAUGAACAUCCUAAGAAAAACUGUCACGAACAUCCCUUGUGCAUAGCACAAACUGUUAACAAAGUCCUUGAACAUAUGGGCAACCUUACAGAGCCCCAUAACAUGUUGGACGAGAUCAUCAGGCACACACGAGAAGAGUUGACUCCAGUCGAUGUGAUCUCAUUUGUGGAGGCCCUGUGUCGAUCCACCUCCCUUUUGAGUGUAGUGGGGAAGAACCAAACCACUAAACCAUUCAUGACCAAGGCCACUCUCUCUAAAUUUGUAAAGGCUGUAAACAACCUGGUGAAAAAGGAUGAGUUGGUUGCCUGGAGCAAAAUUGAAGGAGAUAAACGGGACUACACAAUCACCAAACUCCUCCACACUGUGGAGGAGAACAUAUUGAUACUGGCAAGAAACUAUCAAACUACCACCGAUCUGGAGAUCACAGAAAGUGAAAUAGAAAUAAAACUUUUUACAUUGGAUGCCCACCAUACCCGGAAAAGCAAGCUAUCAGUUUCAAUAGGUGGAGAACAUAUCAGUUUAACACCAAACAAUGACCAAGAUGGUGACAAAAAUGGAAGCGUGUCAGUGGUGUUUGUUCGGUAUGACAGCAUAGGUGAUAUAAUGAAACCCAACACUGACCCCAGUGUUAUGGAUUACGCACACUACGCUGGAACAGGAGGAAUCACUGUCAACUCCCAAGUCAUAGCAGUGGCUAUCAAACCUGUUGACAUGUACCAGCUUGACCGUGUAACAUUCACCCUCAGACACACAAUGCCAAUCAACACAAACGAAGAUGCAACCAAAUGUGCUUUCUGGGAGUAUGAUCCAGGCAGCUUGAAAGGGCACUGGGCUACACAUGGCUGUGACCAUGUGGAUGUCAACAGCACUACCACCACAUGCUCCUGUAACCACCUCACGCACUUUGCAAUUCUCAUGUCAUCAGGACGUGCCAAUUUGUUGGCCCACCACAACAUUCUGACCAGGAUCACUCAGCUGGGGAUGAUUAUCUCUAUUAUCUGUCUGUCCAUGUGUAUCUUCACCUUUUGGUUCUUUACUGAGAUCCAGAGUACCAGAACCACUAUUCACAAGAACCUGUGCUGCAGCCUCUUUAUGGCAGAAUUCAUUUUCCUGAUUGGAAUCAAUAUGAACACCCAUAAACUUUUCUGUUCCAUUAUUGCUGGCCUCCUCCAUUAUUUCUUCUUAGCUGCUUUUGCCUGGAUGUGCAUCGAGGGGAUUCAUCUUUACCUUAUAGUUGUUGGUGUUAUUUACAACAAAGGGUUCCUGCAUCGCAACUUCUACAUUUUUGGCUAUGGAAGCCCAGCUGUGGUGGUGGCCAUUUCGGCUACACUCGGCUCCAAGUAUUAUGGUACCAAUAAAGUGUGUUGGCUGAGCACGGAAAAUAACUUCAUUUGGAGUUUUAUUGGGCCUGCCUGCCUGAUCAUUCUAGUGAAUCUAUUGGCUUUUGGAGUGAUUAUCUACAAAGUGUUCCGUCAUACUGCUGUGAAAAAGCCUGAAAUUAGCCAUUAUGAAAAUAUAAGGUCCUGUGCCCGUGGUGCCCUUGCCCUCCUGUUUGUCCUUGGUGCCACCUGGACAUUUGGCGUGCUCCACAUCCUUAACGAGACCAUGCUCUCUGCUUAUCUAUUCACAAUUGCAAACACCUUCCAAGGGAUGUUUAUCUUCAUCUUCCUCUGUGUCUUAUCUAGAAAGAUUCAAGAGGAAUAUUACAGGCUGUUCAAAAAUGUCCCUUGUUGUUUUGAAUGCCUGAGAUAAACAAAUCAAGUAAUCGGAUAUCACGAUGGGUCUCAAGUUUUUUGAGUGGCAUGUAGCCUACUGUACAGUGGCUUGCUGUUUUUUUCACAAGCUGCUUUAAAUUGUGAAGGCAACAAUAUACAUUAUGCAUUUUCAAUACUGUAAAAAUACAAUUUACUUAUUUAAUAAAUCAA